AUGAAAUUGGUUGAUAUUUUACUUGUACUGAGCGCAGCAGCAACUGCCAAUGCAAUACUGAUACCGACUGAUAAUAAUGGUUCACCCCGCACAUCAAGCACUUCUAGUCAAGUGUCCGUUUCAACCAAUGAACCUAGUCCAGACACUUCAGAUGAAUACCAGCAAGAACCAAUGGAUUUGAGUAUUCACAACCGAAUCCGGCAACAACCAAUGGAUCAACUCAAUCCAAAUACUCCCGGUCCAAACCAGCGACCGACUGUGAUUGUAGCUGGUCCAAAUAUUCUCAAACAAGGCCGAAAACGCAUAAUUGGUGUGAUUGAUCUAACCACAUCCGACCAAGACCAACAACAACCAACUGAUGUAGCUGGACCGAGCACUCCCAAACAAGGUCAAACACAACCAAUUGAUCAGCCCAACCCAAGUACUUCCAACCAAGACCAGCAACAACCAAUCGACAAAGUCGAGUCUGCUAAUACUGCUUCAAAUCAAGUGACUGAAUUAAGCGAAGGAAAUCAGAUAACUUUUGAUGAUAUAAAGAAAAGGCUUGUAGAGUCUAAAAAAAUACGAGACGAAAAAAUCAAAGAAUACUAUGAAUCUAUGGCUUUUGGAUUCAAACAAUGGUCAGUGUUGGGAAAAAAGGAAGAUAUAUUUGUAUCAAAGUACGAUCCAGACACUGAAAAGAAAGCAAAAGAAGAAUAUGAAAAGGCAAGUAGAAAAGUAGCCAGUAUCAGAAAACAAUUGAAAAGGUUUAUGAUAAAGCAUAGUUUGAAAUUCGAAGAGCCGAAUUAG